AUGUUGAUGUCAAUUAGCAAGGAAGACGGUCACUGGUACUGUUCCAAGGAAUGCGGCGGAAGCGACGUUCUGGCAACACACGAUGUGGGAGUUCGACAAGUAGCAACACCAACACCAACACCAACAACAACUACAACUACAACUACAACUACAACUACAACUACAACAGCAGCUACAGCUACUACAGCAAUUGAGGCAACGACAGUAACAAUGUCUUUGCAAGCAAAACUGAAAGCGGCUACUUUCGAUGACAUUGUCAUUGAUCAGGUUGCGAUAAACCAGUUCACCAAGGGACGGGACAGGCUGACCAGACUUCGGUCCGUUGCUGGUGUUGUGAUCAAAGACAUUCCUGUUGACCUCUUGCGGAAAUUGGUGGGGGUAUCAAGACUGAAUCUUGGAUCGCCUACAGAAAUGAAGAAAGCAGACAUGAAGAAAGGAGAUUAUUGUGAAUUCAUUGCUACCAAAGUACAAGAAUAUCAAAUCGCAAAAGCAAACGGAACGCUAGCAACAAUGAACAACCCUGCACCAACAAUUGUGACUGUGAGAAAGUGGAACAUUAUUAGAUUGAUCGAGUGCCUACUCUGUGAAGCAAUGCGCUCAAUUCUAGACAUGCGAAAUGGUAGUCUUACCAGAGAAGAGCUGAAUAAUCAGAAGAGAACUGGGCAAACCUUCCAUGAACGGCUCAUGGUACUAUACCACGAUCUUUCCCAAUUCAAAAAAUCCGCUUAUCCAGACAUCUACAAUGACCCCCUGGAUACUAUUUGUGGCACGUACCAGUGGGAGGACGCAAAGACAAAGGUCAACCAAAUGAUCAAAGCCUACGAGAAUACUUUUGCUUCUUGGAAAAGAAGUGGCAAUCACGAAGAAUACGCAGAAAAGCUUGCGGAAGGGUUGUCCGUUCAGGCGGCCAAAUUGGCAAGUCAAUUCAAAGAAUAUGAUAACUUUGCCAAAAACUCCAAGUGGCUCAUGUAUCUUCAUCGAAAAUUAGAGACCUAUGGCUCGGACCUGUUGGGGAAACUCUGCAUGGCUCCACAGCAAUGCCUCCUCGAUACCAACAGUCGAAUGGUAAAAGAGGCGCCCAGAAGCGAGGGGCUCCUAGUCGUUCCUCCACCAGAAGUACUAGAGUUAGCUGCAACUCACAGUGCAGCUCUUGAGAGGAAUAUGACACGCCAAGACAAACGAGACCGCAUUGCGAUGGAGCAAAAGGCAGUGGGAGUCAUGCUGAAGCAGAAGGAAUACAAGGAAGAUCUUAUUGCUGAUCCAAGAUAUCCGUCCAUUGACUCUAUCGACACCAUCAAGGCUAAAGUCAAUGAUGCCAAGCGUUUCAAAAGCUUCAAAAAGAAAAAGAAGGCAGAUCCAGAUCACACGGAUCCACAAUUUCCUGAUGGAGAACAUUUCGAGUCUCAAGAGUCGGUCGUUCGAACAUGCCUUUCAUUCGACAGUAUGUAUGAAAAAUGUGUGAACUUUGACUCGGACUCCGACUAG